AUCUUUCUAAAUUAAUCCAUCAUAUUCAUCGCCCACCAAACAAGCCUUUCUGGUGCAAGAAGAAGAAGAUGCACAAGUUAUUUGCACUGAGGUCCCUGACUUCUUCAUUAUUCAGAAAACAACCCCACCAUGUCGCUGCUUUCUCCACAUCACUCCUCUUCGAUGAUACCCAGAAACAGUUUAAAGAAAGUGUGGCUCAAUUUGCUCAAGAAAACAUUGCUCCUCAUGCUGCAAAAAUCGACAAAUCAAAUUAUUUUCCGGAGGAAGUUAAUUUGUGGAAGUUGAUGGGAGAUUUUAAUCUCCACGGAAUCACUGCCCCAGAGGAAUACGGAGGACUUGGCCUCGGCUAUUUAUAUCACUGCAUAGCUAUGGAAGAAAUUAGCCGUGCUUCAGGUUCGGUUGGUCUUUCAUACGGUGCACAUUCGAACCUAUGCAUCAAUCAAUUGGUGAGGAAUGGAACUCCUGCUCAGAAGCAAAAGUACCUGCCGAAGCUAAUAAGCGGGGAGCAUGUUGGAGCUCUUGCAAUGAGUGAACCAAAUGCUGGUUCGGAUGUUGUUGGUAUGAAAUGCAAAGCCGAUCGUGCAGAUGGUGGUUUUGUUCUAAAUGGGAACAAAAUGUGGUGCACGAAUGGCCCUACUGCUCAGACACUGGUUGUGUAUGCGAAAACAGAUUUGGCAGCUCGAUCAAAAGGAAUAACAGCUUUUAUCAUAGAGAAAGACAUGCCUGGAUUUAGUACUGCCCAGAAACUAGACAAACUGGGAAUGCGUGGAAGUGAUACAUGUGAGCUUGUGUUCGAGAAUUGCUUUGUUCCGGAAGAAAACAUUCUUGGCCAGGAAGGAAAAGGAGUUUAUGUGAUGAUGUCGGGGUUAGAUUUGGAGAGGCUUGUUUUGGCAGCAGGACCGCUCGGAAUCAUGCAGGCAUGUCUUGACGUUGUUCUUCCCUAUGUCAAACAACGAGAACAAUUUGGUCAACCAAUUGGAGAAUUUCAAUUUAUACAGGGAAAGAUUGCUGAUAUGUAUACUUCGUUACAGUCUUCAAGGUCGUAUGUGUACUCGGUUGCUAGGGAUUGCGAAAAUGGGAUUAUCAACCCCAAGGACUGUGCUGGAGUUAUACUUUGUGCAGCUGAAAGAGCCACACAAGUUGCUCUUCAGGCGAUUCAGUGUCUGGGUGGGAAUGGUUACGUAAAUGAAUAUCCAACUGGGCGUUUGCUUCGAGAUGCAAAAUUGUACGAAAUUGGAGCUGGGACAAGUGAAAUUCGAAGAAUGAUAAUUGGACGCGAUCUUUUCAAAGAACAACAUUGAGGGGUAAAAUAGGAAUAUGGCCAUUUUGUAUGUUGUUCAUAAUCACAUUAUAAACAUGAAAAUGCAAUUGUAUCUACUGCAUUGUCUGGUUCUGCAAAUGGCCUUGUGAAGUAAAUGUAUGGUUUUAUACUUAUUGCACUUUGCCCCUUCAAAAUAUACAACUUGUUGUGCUU